UCGACAUCACCGCUCUAUAAUAUCCCCCAGCUUGCUGAAGAUGGCUCGAACUGGAUUACCUAUAAGGAAAGGGCACAGAUGGUGAUACGUGUGCGAGGUUUGAUGCGCUAUUUGGAUGGACAGAAAAAGGAAUUUAUUUCUUUCGAAAUUGACUCGGCAGGAGACAUGAUCAAGCCUGACAAGACAAAGGCUAGUCAAACUGAAAUCGAUGACUUGGAGAAAGAGAUAGAAGUGUACCUGCAAAAGGACUCAUUCACAAAACAACAUCUAUUCAGUACAAUUACAGAUAGGUUGUUAUUGCGAGUUCAGAAUCUAGGAAAUGCCUUGAAGAUAUGA